UUUGACGAACGCGGUCACCAUGGAUAACGACUACUUUUCCAUUGAUGCUAUCCUAGCUGAAAAUCAGAAAAUACAAUGUACCUUCAAAGUCGACAUCCCUGACAUGGGUCACCUCGCAGGUGGAUCUGACCGUGAUAUCAAAUCAUUGACGAAGGUUCCAAUACCGAUAUGGCUGGCCUAUAUCAUGUUGUUCUCUGACUGGGCCGACUUCACUAUCCCUUCACCCUUUGGCACACGAGUAAGAAACGCGCUCAAGGCUGAGCCUCGGAGCGUAAAGCUAUCCAACUUGGUUGGUGCAGGUGGACUAUGGUACGGUUUUGGAAAGAUGGUCAUGGAUAUUUUGAGUGAAGAGCAGGCGAAUGGUAUAUCAGAGGUGUUAACAAAGGCCUUCAAAGGACGAUUGCUAGAGGUGAUUGAUCAAGCGCAGCAUUUCGCGGCGCUUGGGCCUGCAGGAGGAGGCGGACCUUCUACCGAUACCGCACAGUCAUUCAGAGAAGGGCUUGAUGGUACAGAAAGGGAAUUGUUUGCGCUGGCUCAAGAAAGCGCAAAACGAAUGAAACGAUGGCAUGAAGGAAAUGAUAAGGCACGUCGGUGAAGAGUUCUAAGAUUCGCUCUGCGUUAUGUAUACCAUAAAUCAUUGUUCUUUUUUGUCUGUACUCGUCUCCAUAUUGGUCGUCUCAUUCGCAGGAGGAACUUUUUUAAGCUCUUGCACGAACCUAUGCAUUGACCUCAGUUUACUGUUCAACAUUUGUUUGCCCAAUACAACGUACCAUUUUACGCUCGCCCACAGA